AUCAGCCUGUUCAGCCCUGGGCGGUGCAACACCUCUGCCAGCUCUCUGCAGUUAUGCACGUCAGGGACGGGAUUUUUAUAUAUCACACAAAUUACCGCGGACACAUUCUUGGCUUUGCGCCAACCGCAACCGCAUUCAUUUCCAUCUCUGAGAUCUAAAGUCUGCUAUGAUCGGUGUUUUUAUUCCAGAAGGACAUUUAAAACUGCACAGAUUUUAACUUGAAGGAUUUUUAUCCCGUUUGAACGUUGAAACAUGUCCUUUUUGCGCGCAUCCUGGAGAGCUGAAAGGUGAUUUUAUUUUAUUUUUUCGCAAACAAGGAAACAAAACCAAGUGGAGCAUGGAGAACAGCACUUUAUUCAAAUUUAACAACGCGACUCUGGCAACUAUAUGGACUGACUAUAGUAUCGAAUACAAGGUCUCCAGCAUCUUAUUGGUGAUUCUUAUUUGUGGAGUUGGAAUUGUUGGCAAUGUAAUGGUCAUUUUUGUGGUCUUAACGACCAAGCACAUGCGUACCCCAACUAACUGCUAUUUGGUGAGUCUGGCAUUUGCCGACCUCAUGGUCCUGACUGCAGCCGGGCUGCCCAACAUCACCGAGAGUCUGUUCGGCGGCCACUGGGUGUACGGAUAUGCCGGAUGCCUCUCCAUCACUUAUUUUCAGUACCUGGGCAUCAAUGCAUCUUCCUGUUCCAUCACAGCCUUCACCAUUGAACGCUAUAUUGCCAUUUGCCAUCCGAUAAAAGCGCAGUUUAUGUGCACCCUCUCCAGAGCCAAAAAGAUCAUUGUUCUCGUUUGGGUUUUAACGUCCCUCUAUUGCGUUAUGUGGUUUUAUCUUUCCGACACGGAAGAGAUCAUUUAUGAGAACGCUAUCCUUGUGACAUGCGCCUACAAAGUAUCUAGAAACCUGUAUUUGCCCAUAUAUUUCACAGAUUUUGCCGUGUUUUACGUUAUCCCGCUUUUGCUGGCCACUAUUUUAUACGGAUUGAUCGCUAGGAUUCUUUUCCUCAACCCACUCCCGUCGGAUCCCAAAGAGAGUCGAAGAAAUUGGAAGAAGGAGUCGUCCGUGCACGGGAACUCCAGAAGUUCCUCAAGCAACGCAACUGCGGCUUCUCGGAGACAGGUGACAAAGAUGCUGGCAGUGGUGGUGACCCUCUUCGCUAUUCUGUGGAUGCCCUAUCGGACGCUGGUGGUGGUCAACUCCUUCCUCAAAGACGCCUAUUUGGACACCUGGUUCCUUCUUUUCUGCCGUCUCUGCAUCUACAUGAACAGUGCCAUCAACCCAAUCAUCUACAACGCCAUGUCUCAGAAGUUCCGCGCCGCCUUCCACAAACUGUGGCACUGUGGGCCCCAGCGCUCUGAGAAGCCCCCCACAUAUAGCCUGGCACUCACAUACAGCGUCAUCAAGGAGACCUCCAACGGAGAAAGCCCAGACCACUAUACCACAGAGCUAGAUGACAUCCGCGGAGCCGCCAAAGUGCUUCUGCCAGAGAGGAAGAGGUUGUCGUUUAAAGAGUCCUCACUAGCUUGUAAAAACACACUAGCUAGUGCUUAGAUACUUGGUUGGUAUGUCAGAUUAGGUUGCUUAAUUUGCAGUUUCACAGUGCCUCUGAAUGGCCUAUUGGAUUGACUGCCACAUGGAAACAGCAUUUUGACAAUCAUAGACUUUCGUUUACAUAUUCAAAACAAAGCAGAUUUAUUCAUAGACUAACCAUAACCUAGACUUUUAUAGUAGCUGAAGACUAAAAUAGGUUUGGUCCAGUCUGUGAAGGCGGAGUAAUGCUCCUGAACCAAUCAUGGGUGAAGAUAGACAGGCAUUUGGAUGGCUGAUUGAACAUGACUCCAUGACGGUAUUGGAUGUGAUUGAGUGUGUGAGCUAGAGAAUACACAAUUAAUUGAAAUUAAACCUGAAAUUGUGAUAUGGCUUACCUUGAGUAUCAAAUUGCAAAGGCUGUGACUUGAUUAAAUAAAUAAAUGCGCUGUGUGUUUCAAGACACAUGCCAGUGACAGAAGCAGGAUUAUGAGUGCGCGAGCAGUGCUUGUGUCACAUUUUGCCACUCUCUGCAUAUUUCCCAUUGAAAAUUAACUAGACAAUUGCGACUGGCAUGUCCCAAAUGGCCUGUGUGAAAUGUGGCACUUUGUUGUGAAAUGUGAGCAGUUCGUGACAUUCUUGUGUGAUUCACAAAACACUUGCUCCUGAAAGAUGGUUCAGUAUCCAGUUUAUUAGGACCAGUUGGUUCCACUGAAUCAAAUAGAUGUUUAUAUUUUCUAUCAAGCGUUCAGAAUACAAACUAUGGCAGUGGGCAUAUAUUUUCCGACAGGUGCUGUACGCCGUAGACCAAUCACAACAGCCUAGGCCAUCUGACCAAUCAGAGCAGAGUAGGCUCACAGAAAUUGCUUCAAAUGAAUAUUUGGAAUAUGAGGUAAUAUAAAAUGAUUAUUUUAGGAAAGUAUUUUUUGACAUUGUAUGCAUGCAAAACAAUAUUAGGAACCUUAUAAAUGACAUAAAAGGGGCACUUUAAAUAGCUUCAUUUGGCUUCCUCCCAAAAGAUUUGUACCACUGAGGUCUCAAAGCGAUGGCCAGUGGUCACUCUGACAACAGCUGCACGCAUCACUGCCAAAUUAUCACUCUGUAAAACUUGUUCCAGGAAUGGUUGUCACAUUGUUACUCACUGAACUCUGAAACAAAGGAAGGUUGAUUACUUCUUAAUGCUCAUUUAAAAAAAAAAAAAAAUGCAAGCUCAAUUUUACACAUGCAGAGAAAUUUCCUGCCCAAUAAUACUUUUUUUUUUGCAAAGGGGCAUAAAGUUACACUAUUAUGAGGCUUAAAAUACCAUAGUACACCCAGAGCCGUGAAACUAAAUUUAAGGGUGUUGCAUAUUCAAACCCUUAAUUUUAGCAUUUCAGUCAUGAUUCACACCCACUUCCCAAAUGUAUCAGUCUAAAACCAGAAUACACAACUGUUUGUUGUUUGUGUCAUACACAGUAUAUUGUGCAUCAUCAGCUGGGGCUGUUUUCUCACAGAUCUGAUGCUCACGAUGGCACUGAGAUUUUCCUAGCAGAGCUCAAUUUUGCAAAUGGUAAACUGCUAAAUUAAAGAGUAGAUGAAGAUAAUCUGUGAUUUCAAUUGCUUGUAUCUGUAUCUUUUGAAUCAUUGUGGUAUAAUUCAAGGCAAGGUCAUUUAAAGGGGUCAUAUGAUGCAAUUUCAAGUUUUCCUUGCUCUUUGGAGUGUUUGUGAAUAGAUACAAUCCCUAAAGUCACAAAGACUAAAGUAUCAAGCCCAAAGAGAUAUUCUUUAUAAAAGUUAGGACUUGUCCAUGCCCUUCCAAAAAUGCCUAAUUUAAGCAUGUCCCCACAUGUCUUCUUCACUGAUAGAUUUGCAUAACAUGCCCAAAUGUUCACGCAAAAAAAAAAGAAGGUGGAACUUUUAUUCUCAAUGUAGUAUUGUUGAUGCCCGCCGCAACUAGAAAUCUGUGGUUAAGUUCCAGAACAGUUCAACCAAAAUAUUCAAAUGUGUGCAACACAUUUUAAGGAGGACGAGGACUGUUUCCUGUGAGAGUAGCCUACAGUGCCAGUUUUCUGACAAAUAAUGCUGACUCACAGCCUGUAAGUACGUUUUCAAAUUUAAAGAAUUUGCCUCUGAUGAUUCAAACUCGUUUUUUGAGCAGUGUAGAGUAGCGCUUGUUGUUUGUUGUUUCUCAGAUCACAAAUGCAGACACGUUUUAUGUUUACACAGCGCGAUGCAACGCAAUGCGUAAAAACACAUAAUAAUUCAUUGUAAUCAAUAAUUAUGUCCCCACUGGAUGCAACAAAUGCCUAAUUUGUAAUGGGUUUUAUUGUUUUUGUCUUCACUCCUAAAAAUAACGGUACUUUGCGAUGCCAUAAAAGAACCUUUUUGUCCAAAUGGUUUCAUAAAGAACUUUUAAAAUCUGAAGAACCUUUCUGUUUCACAAAAGGUUAAUUGUGGUGAACAAAGGUUCUUCAGAUUAUUAAAAUGUCAGAAAAAGAUGGAUCUUUAAAGAACCUUUGACUGAAUGGUUCUUUAUGGAGCCAAAAAUAGUUAUUCUAUCGCAUCGCCAGAAGAAACUUUUGAAGCACCUUCAUUUUUAAGAGUGUUGUCGCGCCAGGACAUGGGAUCACAGCAUGGUAUUCAGCCAAUCACAAUGCACUGGAUAGCUGUCCAAUCAGCAUACACCUCGCUUUUCAGAACGAUGAGCUUUGUAAAAAUCAAUACGUUUCAGAAGGCGGGGCAUAGAGGACAGACAAAAAUGUACAGUAUGUGGAAAAUAAUGUGGUUUUUGAACUUUAGAUACACAAAAUAAUGUUCUUUUUUAGCAACGUCAUAUGACCCCUUUAAGAAUUAUUUGACACUGUAAAUACCUCGUUUUGAUAUCUCUUUCCCUGAAAAAAAUCAACAUGUUUCAGCUCUCUGUAGUUUCCAGUUGUUGGCGGCUGUAAAAUAUCUGCAUGAACAUAAAUGGCGAUGUGAAAUUUAAACCUAACACAACUCGAACUGGCCACUGAAGGUUUUUUUUUUUUUUUUAUACUCAGUGAACAUAAUAGUGGAUGAAAUGUACAGCUCUUGUGAUGUAAGCAAGAAAAGAUAAAAGAAAAAAAAGUGUGUGGUGGUAACAUUUGCUCAUUAUUAGUGUUUAAAUUAACUUUCUUGCUGUAUUAAAACAUGUUUUGUAUUUGUAUUUUGUACAGUUGUUGUUUAAAAUAUACUGAUAGUAAAUUUUUGGGAAAUUC